AUGAUUUAUACAGGUAAAAAGUAAAGAGCUACGGAGAAAGAAACAAAAGAAAAUAAAUUAGGAUAACUCUAAAAAAGUUAGGCUAAAUAAGUAGAAUAGUUAACUUUGAUAUAUGAUGUGUUUUAAAAAAAUUUGCAUCAGUUUGCAGGAAAAUAUAGAGAUGAGAUCUCAAAGAAUCCUGAUUUCAGAGAAAAGUUUAAUGAAUUAUGCGAUAAAAUGGAUGUCAACCCAAUGAUGUCGAAAAAGACUAUAUGGAGUGAUUUAGGUUUUGGAGAUUUUUAUAAUGAGUUAGCUGUAAAUAUUGAUAAUAUGAAAAGAUUAAAAUUCUAGACAUUUGUGCAAAAAAAUAUGCCAUUUAUGGUGGAAUUACUAAAAUCACUGAUAUAAUUGAUGAAUUUAGAAAGGUCUAUGGAAUGAAGGUCUCUAAAUCUGAUAUUGAGAGAGCAAUAAAUACUGUAUCAUCUUUGGGGGGUUGCCAUAUUCAUAAUAAAUAUGUGUACACAGUUCCUAUAGAAAUGNAAAUAAUUAAUUUUAUAUAAAAUAAAUAAAGUAUGCUGCAGUAAUAAUCAACAAUUAAAAGAAUAAAAGGACAUUCUCCUUAGAGAUCACCAGGUAAAUUCUGUUCAAAUUUAUUGAAUAUUAGUAAUAAAUUUGCAGGGACAGGUGGAAGUAUUAAUAUAUAAGUUAUAUGACAUUUAGUGUGUUCAUCAUUAGCUCCAAAGAAAAGUUAAGCUCCAUAAAAAGUACCAAAAUCAGGGAUCUUUUAAGCUUUGCCUAUGAUUGAAUAGACUUUAUUUAAAAAAUAUUAUGAUCGUGGAGAUCUUCCAAUUGCUGUUAAUUUUAGUGGAGCUGUUAGAAAGAUCGUUUGGAAAUGUGAACCUGAAUGCUUAGAUUAUCAUUUAUAUCUUCCUAUAUUCUUUGAAGGACUCAGAGAAACUGAAGAUCCUUAUAAAUUCUUAGCUGUCAAUGGAUGUGAAGAAUUAUUAUAAAAAGGAGAAACUAAGAUAUUAUCAGUCUUACCUUAAUUGAUCAUUCCUAUCAAAAGUAAAUCAUUUAUAAUAUUAACAUUCUUUAAUAGAAGCCUUAGCAACUAAGAAUCAUGAUAUUAUGUGUAUUACCUUAAAGAAAAUAUAGAAAUUAGUCAAAAGUGGUUAAAUGAUAGGAGAAGCCUUAGUUCCUUAUUAUAGAUAAAUACUACCUGUUUUGAAUAUGUAUAAGAAUAAAAGAUGUAAUAUUCAAUUAUCAUUUAUUUUAGUAAACAUUGGAGAUAAAAUUGAUUAUUCAUAAAGAAAAAAUGAAAAUCUAUCUGAUCUCAUUUAAGAAACAUUAGAAACACUUGAAAAAAAUGGAGGAGAAGAUGCAUACAUUAAUAUUAAAUAUAUGAUACCUACAUAUGAAAGUUGUAUGUUUUGA